AUGGUCGACCCAACCCACGGUCUCUUCAAGCUGCCCUCUAAGGAGGAGCGCAGAAUCACACGCAAUGGCGCCCCACUCAACCCCAUCAAGCUCGCCAUGAUGCUCACCCCGCUUCAGGGCGCCAUGUUCUUCUCCGGCUGGCUUGCCUGGACUGUCGACGCUUGGGACUUCUUCGCCGUCUCUCUCUCCGUGACCGCCCUCGAGAAGCAGUUUGACAGACCCGCACAUGACGUCACCACCGCCAUCACCCUCACCCUCCUCUUCCGCUCCGUCGGCGCCGCCAUCUUUGGCAUCCUCUCCGACCGAUACGGCCGCAAAUACCCGCUCGUCAUCAACCUCUUCAUCAUCGCCGCUCUCUCGCUUGGCUCUGGCUUCAUCCAGACCUACACACAGUUCCUCGCCGUCCGUUCAAUUUUCGGGCUGGGGAUGGGUGGGAUCUGGGGGAUGGCGACGGCGACAGCGUUGGAGAACAUGCCUCCCGAGCCCAGAGGUCUUUUCUCGGGCAUUCUGCAACAAGGUUAUGCGGUGGGAUACCUUCUGGCCGCAUCCGUCAACCUGACUUGGGUGCACAGGACGGGCAACUGGCGCAUUCUCUUCUUCCUCGGCGCAGGUCUCUCGGCAUUCGCUGCUCUCGUCCGUCUCGUGCUUCCGGAGUCGGAGCUCUUCCUCAGGCAGAAAGCCCAGCGCGAUGCAUCGGGCGCCACGGGUGAGAGCAAGGCAAAGGUGUUCUUGCGUGAGCUCAAGGAGAUGCUCAAGACCCACUGGCUCCGCUGCAUCUACGGCAUCCUGCUCAUGACCGGCUUCAACUUCCUCUCGCACUCGAGCCAGGAUCUGUACCCCACCAUUCUCCAGCAGUCUAAGCUGCUCACAAGCCAGCAGGCGUCCAGGGCGACCAUCAUCAGCAACUGCGGUGCUAUCUCGGGCGGCUUUGUCGCAGGCUAUCUCUCCCAGUACCUCGGUCGUAGGCUUACGAUCAUCCUGUUCGUCAUCAUCACCGGUGCGCUCAUCCCCGCCUGGAUCCUUCCGCAUAGCUUCGGUGCCCUGGCGGCCGGUGCCUUCUUCCUUCAGUUUGGCGUGCAGGGCGCCUGGGGUGUGGUUCCCAUUUACCUCUCCGAGAUCGCACCUCCUGCGUUCAGGGCUACCUACUCGGGUCUGGCCUAUCAACUCGGCAACGCCGCUUCGUCGGCUUCGUCUCAGAUCGAGGCUACCGGUGGUGACAACCUCAAGGAGCGCAACCCCAAGUGGUUCCCUGGCGCACCUGCGACGGUCAAAGAGUUCAUCCCGGCGUACGCUCGCGUGUCGGCCAUCCUUCUCGGCACGGUCUGCGCGUACCUGAUCAUCGUCGUUGUAUUCGGCUGGGAGUUCAAGGGUGCCGAGUUUGAAAAGGCACUCCCGGCUACCAUCCCCGGUGCGGGCGAUCAGGAUGCGGCAGAGCUCGGCGAGAAGCGCAACACCACCGACGCCUACGACGAAGACAGCAUCGAGCACGUCGGCGACCAGCGCUUCCAGCACACCUCGUCCAACGAAGCCAUCGACGAGAAGAAGGUCUAG